CUGAGGGGAGCGGCAGGCGAGGACGCUCUCGGCGCGGAGCAACUUCUGAAAACCUCUCCCCUCGCCUCAAAACAAAGCGUCCGUCCAACCGACCUUUGUGCCUGCGACUUGCCUGGUUCCGGGCGGGUUUUCUUGCUCCGAGGGUGAUAAAGCCCCACAAGCUUUGCUUUUUGCGUCCCCACGCUGCCCCAGCCAUGGUGAUGUUCAAGAAGGUGAAGAGCUUCGCGGUGCUCUUCAGCGAGCCCGACAAGAUCUACUGCAGCGGGGACAAGGUGGCCGGGCGCGUGGUCGUUGAGGUGGCCGAGGUGACCCGCGUCAACGCCGUCAAGGUGUUGGCGUGUGGGGUGGCCAAAGUGACCUGGGCCAAGGGCCCGGCCCAGUGCCGGCAGGAGAUGGAGUACCUGCGCUUCGAGGACGUGCUGGCACUGGAGGAGCAGCCCACGGAUGACGACGGCUCCGUCAUCCUGAGACCUGGGAACAAGUACGAGUACAAGUUCGGCUUCGAGCUGCCCCAGGGGCCGCUGGGCACCACGUUCAAGGGGAAGUACGGCUGCGUGGAUUACUGGGUGAAGGCAUCCCUGGAGCGCCCUGCCUGCCCCACCCAGCAGGUCAAGAAACGCUUCGAGGUGAUGGAUCCCGUGGAUGUGAACACCCCGGAAUUGCUGUCCCCAGUUGCAGCCAAGAAGGAGAAGAAAGUGUCUUGUAUGUUCAUCCCGGACGGACGCGUGUCUGUCAGCGCCCAGAUCGACAGGAAAGGCUUCUGUGAAGGCGACGAGAUCUGCAUCAACGCGGACUUUGAGAACACGUGCUCGCGCAUCGUGGUGCCCAAGGCGGCCAUUGUGGCCAAGCACACCUACCUGGCCAACGGCCAGACCAAGGUCUUCUGCCAGAAACUCUCCUGUGUCCGUGGCAACCACAUCAUCUCGGGCACCUCCGAGUCCUGGCGCGGCAAAACCAUCCGCGUGCGCAAGCUCAAACCCUCCAUCCUGGGCUGCAACAUCCUGCGUGUGGAGUAUUUCCUGCAGAUCUACGUCAGCGUCCCGGGCUCCAAGAAAAUCAUCCUGGAGCUGCCGCUGGUCAUUGGGAGCCGCUCGGGCAUCGGGAGCCGCAGCUCCAGCAUGGCCAGUCAGACCAGUUCCGAGAUGAGCUGGGUCGACCUGAACCUCCCGGAUGCUCCAGAGGCCCCCCCGUGCUAUCUGGACAUCGUUCCCGAGGAUCACCGGCUGGAGAGCCCCACCACUCCGCUCCUGGAUGAUCCCGACGGAUUCGACAGCCCCAUCUUCAUGUACGCGCCGGAGUUCAAGUUCAUGCCCCCACCCACCUACACGGAGGUGAGCGCGGCGCCGGCACGGGAUGGGCCGGGUGGACCCGGGACCACCGGGCCAGCUCCCUCACCCGCCCCCUGCUCCGUCGCCCAGGUGGAUCCCUGCGUCGCCAACAACAACGUGCAGUGAGCGCCGCGGCCGGCGGCUCGCUCCCGCUUAUCCCGGACUCGGCUCCGUGUGCCGCCCGCCCGCGGCAGGGCACCUGCUCCCGAGGAACUGCCACAUUCCCAGGGAACGGCCGCGUUCCUGAGAGGAGCCACCGCUCCGGUGGCGCUGGAACCUUCCAGAAAAAAAGCCCCGGGCGCUCCGAGCCCGGCGGAGAGCCUUCGUGGACUGGCAGAGGAGAGAGAUGAGGGCGGAUCCGGCUGGAAAAAGGGGCUGGAAAAGCUCGGCUGCCCUCGCACAGCGACGGGAAACACUCAGCUCUAACUAAUUCCAUCCUAAUUCCCGAACUCCGGGCGCUGCUCCGGCCGAGGGAGGGGGACACUGUCACACCACAGAUCCGUCCUGUCGCGACACGUCCCCGCUGUCACGACUGACGCCUUUUCUACUCUUUGGUUUUGUCCAUAGUUUGGUUUUUUUUGGGGGGAGGGAGGGGGGGAAGCACAAAAAUGCAGAUUUUGUACCUUUUCGUGGCCCCUGGGGGGCAAAAUUUGUAAUAAACGAGUUGAAACUGA